AUGAUCCUCUCGAUGGCUGAACAAAUAGCGAAAACCACUGGAUCGGAUUAUAAUCAUCAGUUUCUUUUCAAAAAAGCAAGAAAAAGAGUCCAUUCAUCAUCUGAUCUCAAUAUCUAUAUUGGUUUAUCUCCCUUUGUUCAUAUCUAUCUAUCUAUCUAUCUAUCUAUCUAUCUAAGUUCAUCUAUUUAUGUCACACACUCAGUCAGUUCAUAUCUAUCUAUCUAUCUAUCUAUCUAUCUAUCUAUCUAUCUAUCUAUCUAUCUGUUUGUCUCUCUGUCUAUUUAUCUAUCUAUUAUCUAUUUCAGUUAUCUAUCUAUCUAUUUAUCUUGUCCCUGUCUGUUCAUCUAUUUCUCUAUUUCAGUUACUUCAUAUAUUUAUCUCACCCAGUCUGUUCAUAUCUAUUUCAGUCUCUUCAUUAUCUAUCUAUCUAUCUAUCUAUCUAUCUAUCUAUCUAUCUAUCUAUCUAUGUCACACACUCAGUCUGUUCAUAUCUAUCUCAGUCUGUUCAUAUCUAUCUCAGUCAUUUCUAUCUAUCUAUCUAUCUAUCUAUCUAUCUAUCUAUCUAAAUUGAAUCUAUCUAUCUAUCUAUCUAUCUAUCUAUCUAUCUAUCUAUCUAUCUAUCUAUCUAUGUCCAUAUCUACCUCCUUUUUUCAUUAUCUAUCUAUCUAUCUAUUAAUAACAGUCUUUAUCAUUUCACCCAAAGCAAUGUAA